UUUCAACCUCCUAAUUCCUAAAGCCCAAAACCUCCCGCUUCCCUCUCUUCUAAUUCGCAAAUCAAUCCCUAAAUCUCUCAUUCUCUCUUUCUCUCCCAUUAGCACAGAUAAUGGACUGCAAAUUUCAAACCUUACCUCCUCUCAAGAGAUUCAGGCUCUUGCAGCAGCUGCAAGAAAACAAAGAAAACAACGACCCCAUCUCAUUGCAGCUUCCCGCUAAGAAGCGAAAGGAGUCCCGUCAUUCGCUUCUUCCUGAACCCACCGGUGUGGUUUCUGCUGCUACUUAUUGCUUGCCAGCCAAGAAGCGGGUUUGGGCAAUCCAACCCGAUUUGGUUUCAUCAGGUGAGCCUCUUUCGCCUUUCGAUCUCAAUGUUAAGUAUAAAUCCUAUUUUGAUGAGGAAGUCAAGGCGAAUGAGAAUGGCGUGAAUGUCAAAAUGCCACUUGAUGUUGCUACUGAUCAUUCUGUUGAAUCUCACCCAAAAGAAAAAGAAGAUGAGAAAACCCCACUUAUGAAUGAUAACUCUCAAUCUCAAUUCAUUAAAAUGCCCGUUGAAGAAGAAAAAGAUGGAAAUAUAGAACAUGAAGAAGAAGAAGAAGAAGAAGAAGAUGAUGAUGAUGGAAUUUUGUGUGCUAUUUGUCAAAGCACAGAUGGGGAUCCAACGGAUCCCAUAGUGUUUUGUGAUGGGUGUGAUCUAAUGGUGCACACCACUUGCUAUGGCAAUCCUUUGAUAAAAGGUAUACCUGAAGGUGAGUGGUUUUGUACCCAGUGUUUGGCUUCUCAAUCUGAUAAACAGAAUAAGGCUUUCUCUUGUUGUCUAUGUCCAACAACUGGUGGAGCAAUGAAACCCACCAAAGAUGGCUUCUGGGCCCAUGUUGUAUGUGCACUUUUGGUUCCUGAAGUGUUCUUUGAGGACCCAGAUGGCCGUGAGGGAAUUAACUGCACAAAGGUUCCUAAAAGGCGAUGGAAAGGUAAAUGUUAUGUGUGCAAGAGCAGAAAAGGAUGUGUUAUUCAAUGCUCUGAGCCUAAGUGUCCUUUGGCAUUUCACGUAACUUGUGGGUUGAAUGAGGAUCUUUGCAUUGAGUAUAGAGAAGGGAAAAGGAAGGCAGAAACAAUUGUUGCUGGAUUCUGCAAAAGCCACACUGAAUUGUGGAAGAAGCAACAACGAACAGGAAAGUUCAAGAUUGUGGCCAGAGAAGAGCACGUGAAGUAGGCUAAUAGAUCCUGUUCUAUGUUAUUGAUUAUUGAAACAAACGCUAACUGGGUGUGGAAAUGGGUUAGUCCUUCCCACAUGGAAAUUACAGAUUUUCUUAAACGCCAUAGUUUCUUCAGAUUUUAGUGUUGUAGUCUUGUGCUUUGGAUUAGUAUAAGAGAUUUUAGCGUAUUGUAGGAUUGUGUCAAUGCUUGUAAUGCUCAAGUUAAUCUCACAUGCAUUACUAACAAU